AUGUGGAGCUGGUUUUUCACUGUGACUGUCCUGCUGUCCUCCAUCAAACGGGCUGAAGCUCAGGGCAGGUGUAAUAAUGUGCAAGCAGCAGAUAUUGUUUUCCUUGUUGAUGGGUCUUCCAGUAUUGGCCCGUCUAACUUCCUGCAGGUGAAGGGCUUCAUGGCUGGAAUCGUCAAGCCAUUUGCCAGCUCUGUCAGCGAGUCAGGGAUACGGUUUGGGGCCAUACAGUACAGCGACACCUCCAGAGUUGAGUUUACAUUUACUACCUACCUGGUUGGCACUGAGCUGGUGACCGCUGUAGAGAACAUGAACUAUAAGGGUGGAAACACACGCACUGGUGCUGGUCUCAAGUUUGUUGCGGAUAACUUCUUCAACCCUUCAACCAGUCGGGAUGUCCCAAAGAUCACUAUCCUGAUCACAGACGGGAAGUCACAAGACCGUGUGCAGGAACCAGCACAGAAGCUGCGCAGUCAAGGAGUGCAUGUUUUUGCGGUUGGCAUAAAGAGUGCAGACAGGAAUGAGUUGUCUCAGAUCUCCUCCCAGCCCAGCAGUGAUUUUACCUCCUUCGUUGGGGAUUUCAAACUGCUCAACACACUUCUUCCUCUUGUGACCCCCCAAGUGUGCUCCAAGGCAGGAGGAGUCUAUGCUAGUGAUGAGGCAUUUUCUGGUCCAUCCAACAUCCAGUUCACAGGCCAGACCGCUGAUAGUCUCAGGCUGCGCUGGAGUGCAGCAGGGGGGCCUGUGAGUGGCUAUGUGGUCCAGUAUGUGCCACUCUCCGGCCUGGGUCAGCCUAUCACAGCUGAACUGCGUCAGGAGACUGUCUCAGCCAGUACGAGGACCUUUACUGCACGAGAGCUGAGGUCAGGAACUGACUACCUGGUGACUGUCAUCGCCCAAUACCCUAACAGUGUGGGGGAGUCUACUUCUGCCAAGCAACGAACCAGAUCUUUGCCAGGGGUCACCAGUCUUCGCCUGAUCCAGGCAGGCUUCUUCUCUCUCUCUGUGGGCUGGAAUCAGCCGUCGACUCCUGUGCAGGGCUACAGACUCACCUAUGGACCACGAGGUCAGCCAGCAACCCAGCUGUUGGAGCAGUCUCUGUCUGCAGACUCCACAUCUGUCACCUUGGAGUCACUUCAGCCCGACACAGAGUAUGUCAUCAGCCUCUACCCCCUUUUUCCCAGAAACUCUGCAUCCCCGUCCAUCCUCAACGCCCGCACAUUGCGCCUUGAGGCAGUGCAGCAGUUGUCAGUGGAGACGGAGUCAGAGGGCAGCGUUCGUGUGCGGUGGAGAGGCGUCAGCGGUGCACGGGCCUACCGUCUGGUCUGGGGACCGUUUACAGGUCGAAAUGUGGAGACGGUGGAGGUUUCCGGUGGCAGUGAGUUUCACACGUUGUCCGGGCUGCAGGCAGACACCGAGUACAUCGUCACCAUCAUCCCUCUGUACGAGGGCAACACUGAGGGCCCUGCAGGAACGGCCAGGUUCAAGAUAGAGCGUCAGGAGCAGCAGGUGCUCAGAGCAGCUACCACUGGCCCCUCCACCAUUCGCCUCACGUGGAGAAUCAUUCAGUCAUCUCAAGGCUACCGCCUGGAGUGGAGAGAGGGGGAAGGAGGUCGUGUCCAGAGCCUGACCUUUCCUCGAACCACGACCAGCUAUGAGCUAACAGGCCUCCAGCCCAACACAGAAUACAUCAUCACCCUGUACACCCUGUUCGAAGGUCGUGAGGAGGCCACACCUGUCUCCACCACCUCCAGAGAGGAGCAGCCUGUGGGGAGGGUGUCCAACCUGAGAGUUGUGGAGUCCCUGGGCAGUACUGCUAGGCUCGGCUGGACCGGCGUGGCAGGGGCCACACAGUACCGCAUCAUCAUCCUCAACACAGAAGGGGGAACUGAGGAAAUACGGGUUAUCCCUGGGAACCAAACAGUCCUCGACCUCAGGGACCUGACAGUGGGAGUGUCUUAUGUUGUCAGUGUCACUGCGCUGGUUGGAGAAAAUGAAGGAGACCCGGUUACUGUCUCUAUUAAACCAGAGCAAGGUGCUAGCAGAGUGACUAACCUCAGAGUGACAAACGCAAACAGUCGGAGAGUUCGAAUCGCCUGGACGGCUGCUCCCGGGUCCACGGGCUACAGGGUUACUUGGAGACAAGGCAGCAAUGCAGAACAGGCCCGUAUGCUGGGAGCUGAGGUCUCAUCCUACACCAUAGACGGCCUGCAGCCAGACGAGGCUCUGGUGAUCGGGGUUGCAGCGGUGGUUGAUCGACGCGUCGGUGAGGUGGUCACUCUGACGAGUCGGACUAAUCCCAACGGUGGAUCAUUGUCUGGCCUUCGCAUCGUUGAUGUCACAGCUCAGAGGAUACGCAUUUCAUGGACACGGUCAGCGAGGGCAACCGGCUAUAAAAUCACUUGGCGGAGAGAUGAUGGGGUUGAAACAACUCGUAAUGUGCCCGCUGAUGUCUCCUCCUUCUCCAUUGAUGGGCUACAGGCAGAUUCAGCCUACAGUGUAUCAGUCUCUCCGCUCACUGGCUCCCGAGAGGGAAGUCCUUCCAUCCUGAGCAUCAGAACAGAGUCAGAUCGGACUGUGGUCGGGACUGUGACAUCCCUUCAAGUCCAGGAGGCCCGGGGAGAGGUCGUCCGAGUCACUUGGGUUGGUGUGCAGGGAGCAACGGCGUAUCGUGUGACUUGGAGGAAAACAGAGGGUGGUGAAGAGAGGAGUCAGGUGGUGGGUGGAGAUGUGACAGCGGUGGAUUUAGACCGCUUGGAUCCUGGAGCCCAGUAUGAGGUGCAGGUCAUGGCUUUAGUUCAAAACAGAGAGGGAAGCCCCGUGUCUGUCAGAAUCACCACACCUGGUACCACUACUCCGCCAAUACGAACCACAACUUUACAAGUGGCGGAGGUUACCCAGAAUUCGGUGCGGGUUGGCUGGACUCCACUGCAAGGUGCCACAGGAUAUAUUCUACGCUGGAGAGAUGAGACCGAUGACGGUCGAGGCUUGUCUGUUACGCUUCCUGCUGCGUCCAGCACUUACCAGGUGACUGGGCUGCGUUUGGGCCGUCGAUAUAGAUUUACCGUGCAGCCCACGUUUGCAGAUGGACUGGGAACUGAGACCUCUGUUGAUGAGCACACUGUGUGUGUGGGUGGGCGUCUGGAUGUGGUCUUUCUGGUGCCAGCAUCUACAGAUCGGAUUGGCCUCGCGAGACCACUGCGCGCACUCCUCACAAGUGCAGCUCGGUCGCUUAAUACUGUCGGACCCCGCGACUCUCAGAUGGGAGUUGUAGUAUACGGGUACAGACCCAAAAUAUGGUUUAUGCUUAAUCGCCACAGCCGAUCAGACACACUUCUUCAAGAGAUCCAGUCUACACCGUUUGACGACACCCCCGGGAACAACAUUGGCGAGGCGGUGACAUACACCAGGCAGUACGUUCUGACCCCCACAACUGGACGGAGGCCGAGGGUGCCUGGUGUUGUUGUCAUCAUCGCUGACAAAAAAUCCGCCGACAACCUGACUCUGGCAGCGCACAGUCUCAGGGCUUCAGGUGUGAAGGUAAUAGCAGUGGGUGUGGACCAGGCUGAUACUGAGGAGCUGCGGCGCGCAGUGACGGACGGCAGCAUCCAGAACAUCCUGUACGCUCGUGAUGGAGCACAGCUGGAUGGUGUUCAUACCGGCCUGGCAGACUUGCUCUGUGGCUUCGGCACAGCAACACAAGAAGUAAGGAGAUGUGCUGCUCAGUGCCCUGCGGGUCCGAGGGGAGAACGUGGAGAGAGGGGUGAGAGAGGCAGAGAUGGUGUCGAUGGACGCAAAGGAGACCCUGGUCGUGAUGGUGUGCCUGGGAGGGAAGGCCCCAGAGGACCUGAAGGACGCCAAGGUCCACCAGGCCAGUCCAUUGACCCCUCACUGGGGGUUAAAGGAGAAAAGGGGGAGAGAGGUUUUACUGGCAUUGAUGGAAGUCCAGGGUUGCCAGGAAGACCAGGUGCCCCUGGAAAUGCAGGGGUCCCGGGUUCGCAAGGUUUACCUGGCAUCAGAGGAGAUCGAGGUGAACCAGGUGCGACAGGGUCAGCAGGAUCAAAGGGUGAUAAAGGUGAAAGGGGUGAACCAGGUUUAGGAGGAGGGAGUCUACCAGGGAGGAAAGGAGAGCCGGGCAUCCCAGGAAUACCGGGCACUCCUGGUCGGCCAGGCAGUGAUGGACCUAAAGGGUCCUUUGGAGCUUCGGGGACACCUGGUCAGGAUGGUCGCCCAGGUAUACCAGGAACACCAGGACUCUCCAUCAAGGGAGAAAAGGGCAGCACAGGAGAGAGGGGACCUCCAGGAGUCGGCAGCGGGGUUGCCGUGAAGGGCGAGAAGGGCUCCCCAGGCACUCCAGGAACUCCAGGGGCUCUUGGUCCUAGAGGGCCAGCAGGACCACAAGGCAGCAAAGGAGAACGGGGCGAUGGUGGGGACGGGGUGGCUGGACUUCCAGGCAGGCAAGGAGAGCCUGGGGACAGGGGUCCUCGUGGGCCUCCAGGAGAAAUUGGUAGCAAGGGCGACCGAGGACAGCCAGGUGAGCCCGGAUCCCAGGGAGACAGGGGGGAGAGAGGACCUACUGGUGAAACUGGGGAGAGAGGGGACCCAGGGAAGCCAGGCCUCGCAGGAACACCGGGGCUGAGAGGUUUAGCGGGGCCCAGUGGACCGCCAGGAGAAAAGGGAAAUGAAGGUGCACGUGGUGAGCCCGGCAGAAGUACUCCAGGUUUUCCUGGGAAGAAAGGGGACCAGGGGGACCGAGGCGCGGCUGGUGUAGAUGGAGGGAAGGGAGAUAAAGGAGACGCGGGGCAGAAAGGAGAGCGAGGGGCUCCAGGGUCAGGAGCGGCAGCGGUCGGACCUAAAGGAGAGUCGGGAGAUAGAGGACCUCCUGGUAUCGGUGGAAGGCCGGGUGCCAAGGGAGAUUCAGGUGAUCCAGGAGAGAGGGGGGAGAACGGGCGGCCAGGAAUCCCAGGAAAGCCUGGUCUCCCUGGGAAAGAGGGAGAUAGAGGAGAGAAGGGUGACGAAGGCACACCUGGGGAGUCUGGACUUCCAGGAAAGUCAGGAGAAAGAGGACUGAGGGGACUGGCUGGUCAGCCAGGACGGCCAGGAGAGAAAGGAGACAUCGGAGACCCAGGAGAGCACGGACGAAAUGGCAGCCCCGGACCCGCAGGAGCGAGAGGAGAGAAAGGAGAACAGGGACUCCAAGGGCCUCCAGGACCGGCAGGAAAAGCGGUGGACAUUCUGGGCCAGCUGAAAGGAGAGAGAGGAGAAAAGGGCGACGCUGGUGACCCAGGAGAGCACGGCGGCAAAGGUCAGAAAGGCGAAUCGGGAACUCCCGGAGCUGCAGGCCUACGAGGUCCUGAGGGACAACGGGGACCGGCAGGCACAAGAGGUGACGCAGGGGAAAGAGGAGCACCUGGAGAGAAGGGAGAAAGGGGAGCAUCUGGGUUAGAUGGACGUCCCGGUGUGGAUGGUAAACAAGGUGCUGCUGGACCAGCUGGUCUGAGGGGGGAUCCUGGGAAACAGGGGGAUCCUGGGAGGGAUGGUUUACCAGGACUUAGAGGGGACCAGGGCCCCCCAGGACCUGUUGGGCCUCCAGGAACUGCAGGGAUACCUGGUAAAGCAGGUGAAGAUGGAAAACCCGGUUCUGCUGGCAAAAUGGGUGAGGAUGGAGUGCCAGGUGAAGACGGGAGAAAGGGUGACAAAGGAGAAUCAGGAGCAGCUGGAAGAGAUGGACGGGACGGGCAGAAAGGAGACCGGGGCCUUGGCGGGCCUGUUGGACCCCCGGGACCUGCCGGGACUCCUGGAGUGCCUGGCAGCAUCGGUCCUCCUGGACAGGUGGUGUAUGUUAAAGGAGCUCAAGCGGCACCAAUCCCAGGGCCGCAGGGGCCUCCAGGAACCCCUGGCGUACCUGGGACCCAUGGAGUAGGGGGAGCCAGAGGGGAAAGAGGUCCACCCGGCUUCAAAGGUGAUGCUGGAGACCCAGGAGAGGACGGGGCGCCGGGAAAACCUGGGACAGCAGUGGAUGUACAGAAGGCUCUGGCUGGUUUUGGCAUUCAGAUGUCUGAUCUGAAGGUGGUUGUGGACAGGAAGGACAUAGUUAAGAGUCCUCCGGUGCAGCAGCCAGUGAAAGGUGAAAAAGGAGACAGGGGUGAAGCUGGAGUGAGAGGACCAUCUGGUGCAGAUGGUUCCCGCGGCGUUGCAGGAGAAAGAGGAGCAAAGGGGGAUCAAGGGGAACGAGGACUCGGGGGAGCACCUGGGCCUCCCGGUAGAGCCAUUGGAGAGCGAGGGCCAGAGGGACCCCCAGGACCCGCUGGAGAGCCAGGCAAACCAGGAAUACCGGGAGUUCCUGGACGGGCUGGGGAACUGGGGGAGGCUGGAAGACCUGGAGAAAAGGGGUCGAGUGGAGAGAAAGGGGACAAAGGAGAAUCUGGUAAAAGUGGGCUAGCAGGAUCCCCGGGCCCACCAGGUCAAAAGGGAGCAUCUGCUGAGUCAGUUCUGGUAGGAUCGCCUGGGGUCAGAGGCCCUCCAGGAGUCGUUGGACCGAAGGGAGAGCCUGGAGCUUCAGGACCACCAGGACCUCAAGGAGAACGGGGUUUUGCAGGAUCUCGCGGUGAUAAAGGAGACAGAGGACAGUCUGGAGAAAAAGGGCGCGAUGGCUCAUUGGGAUCACCAGGAGAACCAGGAAAACCUGGUCAGGAUGGGAAGCCGGGCCUGCCUGGGUUCCCAGGAGUUCUAGGCAGACCGGGAAACCCAGGAGAGCCGGGCAUAAGGGGGCCAACUGGCCCCAUGGGUCCCAACGGGCUUCCAGGUCCAGCAGGAGUGAAGGGUAUUCAAGGAGAGGCAGGUGUUGGUGUCCAGGGUCCUCCCGGCGCCCAAGGGAGCACAGGUCUACCAGGACCAGCAGGUCCCCCCGGAGCUGUAGGUCCACAGGGCCCUCCAGGAUUGUCAGGGCAGGUGGGUGAAGCAGGUAAACCAGGAGUCCCUGGAAGAGACGGGGUACCCGGAAAAGAAGGAAUACCAGGAUUACCGGGAAAGCAGGGCAUUGCUGGACCUCCGGGCCUGGCCGGCUUAAAGGGGGAGCAGGGAGACAGCGGUCCUCCAGGGAAGGCUGUGGCUGGACCCCCUGGAGUUAAAGGAGAGAGGGGUCUUAAUGGUCAAACACUGCCAGGCGUGGCUGGAGAGAGAGGUCUACCUGGAGAAAAGGGUACCAGGGGAGACAAAGGUGCUUCUGGCAGCAAAGGAGAGAGAGGAGUGGAUGGGGAACCAGGAGAGCCUGGAGAAGAUGUGAGUAAUCAGUUCCCACUGCCACUGUUUGGGGCGCAGGGAUCUUCUGGGCCAAAAGGAGAUAAGGGAGAGAAGGGCAUUGGGCUGGCAGGUCCUCCUGGUCGGGUCGGGCCACAAGGUUUGAAGGGAGAUUCAGGCCUUCCUGGUCCAGCUGGCCCUCCGGGUCUACAGGGGAAGUCAGGUAUUACUGGGCCACCUGGCCUGAGAGGAGAAACUGGACAACAAGGACCUCCUGGACCACCAGGGGAGAGGGGUCUCCAGGGCUUUGUAGGCCGUGCAGGAAAUGUUGGACCCCCUGGUCCCGCUGGACCUCCUGGAGAGGCAGGCUCUCCUGGUACCAACGGGGGCAAAGGCGACAAGGGGGAAGUUGGUGUUGGAGUCCCCGGUCCCAGAGGAGAGAGAGGAGAUUCAGGGCCGAGAGGAGAGGAGGGACGUGCUGGCUUGGAUGGGGAAAGAGGGUCACCGGGAGACAGCGGGCUGCAAGGUGACAAAGGAGAGAAGGGAGACACUGUGCUGGUGGGAGGACCUGCUGGAGAAAAGGGCAACAAAGGAGAAACAGGUGACAGAGGACCCAAAGGUGUGCAGGGAGAAAAAGGGGUGAAGGGUCAAGAAGGUCCUCUAGGGGAGCAGUAUACAUAUUUCUAUGUAUUUGACAUCAGGGUCUGCGCGGAGAGCCAGGAGAAAGAGGGUCCACUGGGUUCCCGGGUGCUCGUGGCCCUGGUGGGCAGAAGGGAGAAGCCGGCCAACCUGGAGUACCUGGGUUUACCAGGAAAAGACGGGCUAGCAGGCUGGAAGGGGGAUAAGGGAGAGCUCGGUAUCGUAGGAAUGAGAGGAAUCAAGGGUGACCGAGGACCCAAGGGGGCUUGUGGAGGAGAUGGGCCGAAAGGAGAGAAGGGAGAACUUGGACCCGCUGGGGCCCCAGGGGCCCCUGGAAAAGAGGGACUCAUUGGUCCCAAGGGCGACCGUGGAUUUGACGGGGUUGCAGGACCCAAAGGAGGUCAGGGAGAGAAGGGAGAAAGGGGCCCACCGGGCAUACCUGGUCCUCCUGGCCCCAGAGGAGUGGAUGGGGCCUCGGGCCUUACCGGCCCUCAGGGACCAGCUGGUGGCCGUGGCCCAGAGGGGCUCCAGGGACAGAAGGGAGAAAGAGGUCCGAUCGGUCCCGCCAUGGUGGGUCCACGUGGUAUCCCAGGGAUCCCGGGGGAGCGCGGAGAGCAGGGGGAGCUAGGCCCAGAUGGAACCAAAGGAGACAGAGGAGAGCCAGGCAUGACGGAGUACGAGAAUGUUCUGUCCUUUCUUUUUUUUCACCAUGUUACCUUUCUGGCUCCUCUCCUCUUCUCUCCCUCAUGUUUAACACUUACCUGGUCUGAAUCCUGUCUCUGCUCCCUCGGUGUCCCUGUCCACUCCUCCCUGUUCUAUCUGGCUCUCUCAGGUUCAGGCCCAGUAAAUCGGUCCCAGCCCCCGGUCAGGGCUCGGCCUGCACCAGAGCAACAACUGGUCCUGAAGGGUGAGGCGGGCCGUGAGUUGCGUGUGGUGGUAAACACCAACGACCCGGACUACGAGCACAUCUACUCCAUCGAGGCCUAUGACGACCCUCUGGAUGAGCUGCUGUACUUCACUCCCUCCAACCAGAGCGAUGCUCCAGCAGAUUUGUGCCUGCUGCCCAUGGAGGAGGGGAGCUGUAGACGAUACACUAUGCGAUGGUACUUUAACAGUCAGGUUCAGGCCUGCAGGCCCUUCAUCUACAGCGGCUGCGAAGGAAACGACAACCGCUUCCUCCACCUGGAGGAGUGUGAGGAGCUCUGCCUCGGGGAGCCUGAAGGUUCUCAUCCCGAGAAGACAGCACGAUGAUUGAGGCCAAAUCCCGCUCAGCCACUGGAAUGUUAGCCUUUAUAUAGCUUUUAUAGAUCAUUAUUUUGUCAAAUGUCAAAGGUCAAGAUUUGUUUUUGUUUAUUUAUUGUUUCUGUUAACCCAACCAAACUUUACCCCAGGUUGAGAGGGAAUACCAGAGUGCUUCCUUGCUUUAUUUUCUACUAAACAAAAUACAAAAUGAUGUUUAUUAGGUUAAAAAUAAGAUUUUCUCUGUGUAACUUUACCACAGUAUCGUAGUCAAGUACCGGCAGUAACUUUCAUGUUGCCUACAGAUAAUAAUACUUAUGUCUGCAUACAGAAAGGUAGUGAACAAAUUACUUAACUCACCUUAUAGUUAAAUGCAAUAUCCCUAAAGUAAUUAUCAACAUAGUUAAGUUCAUGAUGUCUCUUUAUCACAGUGAUCAUUUUUGAGGCUGCAGUUUGUAGUAUUGUUUAGUCAUUAUGUGUGUUAACAUGGAGCCUGUCACUCCAGUUAUUAUCGGACCGAAAAAAAUUAAAAAAAUGUUGUCCUGUUUGGAAAUGAUGUUUAAAUCUGUCGCAGCUGGGCCAGUUUUUGAAAAUGGAAAUAAUCCUUGUUGUUUGGUAUUUACAAGCACUUUGUUCAAAAUGUUUUAAAAAAAAAAUGUUGACUUGAGUGACUUGAGCAAAGAAAUAUUGCCUUUUAAAAAAUGAUAUUGAAAAUUGUCAGACCUUUAUUAAAGCUGACACACAUUGCUAAUUGCUAUUCUAAGGCUCACAUGUGUAGCGGUCUUUGUUAUCAUGAUUUGCAGGUAUUUGCUGCCUAGAUUGUAAAGUGUCAAAGAGAGUAGCAUAAGAAAUCCUGACAGUCAAAAACAUGAAAGCUGCAUCAGCAAAGAUGAACACAAGUAGAUCCUCAGCAACACUGAAUGAAAUGCACACAACAGGACGUUUUGUUGAACGGACAGCUCAAACUACACACUUUAUGAACUUCACUGAAGUGGUACUUGCUGCAAGGAUGCUGCAUUAAAGGGUGCUUUUAUUAGUUCGCUCACUCCUUCAAUACACAGACUGUUUCUAGCUGUUCAUAGUACUUAGGCAAGCUGCAGAGUGGGCAGAGUUGUUGGUUCUGGAAAUAUCUAUCGUAAAUAAUAACUGUAAUGUUUCUCAACAUAGAAACACAGGAGUCACCCAGAUAAAGUAAUGUUUAGGUUGUUUUGUUUUUUAAAGAGAAAUCAUGUCUUUUGGGUCCAUCUGAUUAACAAAUGCUGUAAAUAAAUACUGUAGUAUUUAGUAGCAGCCUCUGCAGACAUUGCUGUGGAGAAAGCCACUGCGCCAUCAAUGUUGAAUUUAUCCAAAAUUUGUUUAAAAAACUGCUAAAUAUAUAUUAAGAGGUUAAAGCAUAAGCUUUAUUCUGAUAUCCCUUAAUUAAAAGAACAAUAAUAAUGCGUGAUACAUAGCAGUGGAUGAUGUAAAUCUAGACCCAAAGAGGAAAAGAAACUUAAUACUCAACACAUCAUUUUUUUUUGAUACAGCAGUGCUCCUUUGGGGGUUGAUAUUAACUUGAGUUGAGUUUUUAUGUACUUGAUCUUGACUUUUUCAAUCAAAAAAGAUUGUGUUUUCAACAUGGUUGAAAUAAAUGAAUGUAACCAGGAGAUUUGCAUCCCCAUCCAAGCUUGAAAGUGCUCUUACUGCAUGUCAGCUAAUACCAUCUGCAGAGAAAGAACAGGACUUUUACAACCUCGAAAUAACUCCCUACACUUAUCUACAUGCACAUCUAUACUGGGUUAUUAUUAUGGAUAUAGUUUUAUCAUUUGUAAUAAAUAUGAAGAAUCAAGCACAAUAUUCUGCCAAUAUUUUGUACAUAAUGUAUUUUAUUGUUUGGGGGAAGUUGUGUUUCUCAUCACGACAGCAUGUUUACCUGCCAGAGAAAAGGUGCUUUUUUUAAAAAGGUAUUUUUAUAUUAUGUAUUGAAGAUGGAAACGUGUUUUUCCGUGGUGCUAACCAUUAAAAGGCAUUUCUAAUAAACAAAAUGUUUGAGUAAAAAAACGAGUUUGGUC